CUACACUUAAAGGGACAGGGCGUGUAGGUUUGGGUCCACACCACACUCCACCUCUGUGUAGCCAUAAAUAGGAGACAUCACCAGAAAACGUGCGCUUUUAUUGGAUAAGGCCUUACGUGUCGUUGCUAGGGGCGUGGAACGAAUGUGUAAAAUUGGACCUGUAAUGGGAUGUCUUUCAUUGACUACAUUUAAUUUUCAUGGGGCGAAACGACCCGGUUCUUGUGGCGUUUCAGUUUAGGCAGGUGUUAAUAAUAUCAAGCCUUAAUGAAAAAAUUGCCCGGAUUUGAACACGGAGUUAAAUCAGAAUUCUUUGUUUGCAUUAGCGAGCGCCUAUUGAAGCAAUUUAUAUAGCUGGGACCUAGCAACCUACGCUAACUAAUUUAGCUCUGCAUGCGUUGUAAUAUCGCAUAGCGUAGAGGAGUGGUGUUGAUUUCCCCCAAUUUUUCUGAGAACAAGUGGUAAUUUUUUCGUUGAUAAAUAUUGGAGCUGAAGCCAAAUGCCAGGGAAAUGACCAGCUGCGGUUAGCCAGAUUGCUUACCGUUGUUCACUUCACUGUUUUGUGUUGGAUUUCUUUUGGAUCUGUUAGCUGGCUAACCUUCCUUGCCACGAUGGCUUGCAAGCUAGUGGUAUGCUGUACACUAUUUGGUGUGAUGAAAUCGCUUCAGUGAUACCCUGUUUUGCCGAACUGCGUCAGCAGGCGGGCGCUGCAGGUACUCUGCUGCUGCGGUUGUUUCUGAACAACCAUGGUAAAACCAUUCUGGGAACGUCAGUGAUACCUACUGAAAUUAUCGGCAGAAAUGGAAUCGGCGGGUGAAUCCAAUUCCGACCCCCCGCUGGGAUAUACAUAUCAAUCUGUUCCCAAUUCUGAAUGUGAACUUAACAUUAAUAUGUAUGAAGCCAUCAGUGACAGUAAUGUUAAUAACAUGGACACUUCAGCUGUGCUGAGAGGGGGGAGUGAUCCUACUGCGUAUCCUCCAUCAAAUUAUCAGAGAAUUGUGCGUCAAAGAUUUAUCAGAAGAAGUUUGUGGUUCUCUGACUCUGACGACCAAGCGUUUGAACAGCCCGAAUGUGACAACCGAAGCAAAAUCCUGAAUAUUAACCUUCGCACUAUUGUAGACAGGACAUUGGGAACUCGUGGAGGCUUACAAGAAGGCUCUAGCACCGAGAGUCAAUGUGGACAAAAAGACAGCGCCACGGAAAGUGUUAGCGCCGACGAGGACAAGGACAGAGUGGAACAGAAAAGCAAUGCUACACCCUCCGACAGUGCAAAAAAUGCCGGAAAAGCAGCCAGUGACGAGAACGAAGAGGAGGCCGAGAUGAAAGCUGUGUCCACAUCACCGGGGGGCAGGUUCCUCAAGUUUGAUAUUGAACUUGGCAGGGGGUCUUUCAAGACUGUCUACAAGGGUCUCGACACAGAAACCUGGGUCGAAGUUGCGUGGUGUGAACUUCAGGACCGGAAGCUGUCUCGGGUAGAGAGGCAGCGCUUUAAGGAGGAGGCGGAGAUGCUGAAGGGGCUGCAGCACCCCAACAUCGUGCGCUUCUACGACUUCUGGGAGUCGCCGCUCAAAGGGAAGAAGUGCAUCGUGCUGGUGACCGAGCUGAUGACCUCAGGAACCUUAAAGACCUACCUGAGGAGGUUCAAGGUGAUGAAGCCCAAGGUGUUGCGGAGCUGGUGCCGGCAGAUUCUGAAAGGCCUGCAUUUCCUGCACACCAGAACCCCGCCCAUCAUCCACCGCGAUCUCAAAUGUGACAACAUCUUCAUCACGGGCCCCACGGGCUCGGUUAAAAUCGGCGAUCUCGGCCUCGCCACCCUGAAAAGAGCCUCUUUUGCCAAAAGUGUCAUUGGUACUCCUGAAUUCAUGGCCCCGGAGAUGUAUGAGGAGCACUAUGAUGAGUCAGUGGACGUGUACGCCUUCGGAAUGUGCAUGCUGGAGAUGGCCACCUCAGAAUAUCCAUACUCUGAGUGCCAGAACGCGGCCCAAAUCUACCGCAAAGUCACCAGCGGGGUGAAGCCUGCAAGCUACAACAAAGUCACUGAUCCUGAAAUCAAGGAAAUAAUUGGGGAAUGUAUCUGCCAAAAGAAAGAAGAAAGGUACUCCAUGAAGGACCUCCUGAACCACGCCUUCUUCGCCGAGGACACGGGCGUGCGGGUGGAGCUCGCCGAGGACGACGACGGGAAGAAGUCGUCCAUCGCUCUGAAGUUGUGGGUGGAGGACCCGAAGAAGCUGAAGGGGAAGUACAAAGACAGCGGCGCCAUCGAGUUCACCUUUGACCUGGAGAAGGAGGUCCCGGAAGUGGUGGCUCAGGAAAUGGUGGAGUCGGGCUUCUUCCACGAGAGCGACGUGAAGAUCGUGGGGAAGUCGAUCCGGGACCGCGUGUCGCUGAUCAAAUGGAAGAGGGAGCGCACCGUCCCGGCGCGGGACGGGGAGGAGCCGAGGGACCGGGAGGGCCCCGACGGCUCCAGGGCCCCUCCGGCCGUCCCGCAGGUCCCGCCGGUCCAGGCUGCCCAGACGGCACCGCCCAUCCCCCACGAGUCGGAGGAGGCGGAGUCUGAUCAGCACGCUCGCCACUGCAACCUGCCGGCCAGCGUCACGUCCGUGACAUCGGACAGCACCUUCGACAGUGGCCUGGGCUCCACGGCGUACUCGGACUCCCACGGCAGCCAGCGCAGUGUGCUGUACCAGUCCCUGCAGGAGCCCAUCUCUGCAGGCCCCUCCACUGCACCGCAGCAUCAUUCCAGCGUUCCCUGUGUGGUCCCGGAGCCCCUCCCUCCCCACGCGCCCCCCAGGUGUGACUGCCACUGCGGGGCGUUGGGAGUGACUGCGGGGGGCAGGCGGGGGAGCGCCUCCGUCAUCGAAACUCUGAGGAGCCGCCCUCAGCCGCCCCCGCUUUUACGGCCCUGCUGCUGUGGGCGGAGCCAGGGUCUGCGGGGAGACCGCACGGAGCAAUCAGAGCGGGGUGCAGAGGACCCGCCCCCCCUCCACACCGCCUUUGUGCUGCUGCCGGUGCCUCCGCUGUCCUGGGACUCCCGUCGCCACAGCGACUCGUCCGCCGAUCCCAGGGAGGGCGGGGGGGAGCCGCUGGGGCUCCGGCACCACCGGGGGCACUACUGCCUGGCCUGCGUGGCCCUGCUGAUGAAGCCGCGGGCGGAGCUGUGGGGUGGGGGCGGGGCUGGGGGCGAGGCCAGCUCGUGCGCGGGCACCCGGCGCCCCCGCUCCCCCUCGCCCACCAGCAGGACCAGCCAGGAGGGCACAGACCUCUCCUCCUUACACAAGUCCUUACAGCACAUCAUCAGCCGCAAGCCCGGCUCCUCCCACCUCAGAGUGCCCGCCCCCUCCGAGGGCGCGACGUACCAGCCCGGGCCCAGCCACGGGGAGCCCGCCGCGUACGCGCACGAGGACGGGGCGGGCGGGGCGGCCGCUCAGGCUAGCAGACCCCACUGCGGUGUGGGAAGCGGACUCUCUCUCAUGCUUGGUGUGUCGGGGGUUCCGAGCUCAGCUGCAUCUGCAGCACCCCCAGUGGCCCAGCAGUCUUAUCAGCAGACUGUACAGAGCUUCCCAGUGGGGACCUCCGCUGCACAUCUCAACCAGCAGCCAGCACUGGCUUUCUCUGCUACUGUUCCACCUGUGCAGCAGAUCCAACAGCCUCCUGGGGCAUUCCCAACUGUGCUGCCCUCUGUCCAACAACAGCAUCAGCAGCCUGUGCAGACUCUACCCACUGCAGUGCCUACUGCACAACCAAUCCAGCAGCCAGUGCCGGCCUUCUCCACUGCACAACAGAUCCAACAGCCAGUGCCGGCCUUCUCCACUGCAGUUCCUACUGCACAGCAGAUCCAACAGCCAGUGCCGGCCUUCUCCACUGCAGCUCCCAGUGCACAACAGAUCCAACAGCCAGUGCCGGCCUUCUCCACUGCACAACAGAUCCAACAGCCAGUGCCGGCCUUCUCCACUGCACAACAGAUCCAACAGCCAGUGCCGGCCUUCUCCACUGCACAACAGAUCCAACAGCCAGUGCCGGCCUUCUCCACUGCACAACAGAUCCAACAGCCAGUGCCGGCCUUCUCCACUGCAGCUCCCAGUGCACAACAGAUCCAACAGCCAGUGCCGGCCUUCUCCACUGCAGCUCCCAGUGCACAACAGAUCCAACAGCCAGUGCCGGCCUUCUCCACUGCAGCUCCCAGUGCACAGAGCAUCCAAACCACUCCUCUUCCUCCCAGCCAGCAGUUCCAACCCUAUUUCUACACUGCAGCUUUCCAGUCACAGCUGCUGUCUAUGGGGCAGAGCCUUCCCCAGCCAGGCCCUGACGGACAGAUCUCCUGCACACUGCCACCAGCGCACUUAGCACAGUUUCCUCCACCAUAUCCAGUUAUUCCAGCAGGAGCUGCCAUUGCUGGAACUGAACCUUACCCUCUCCCUGCUGUCCCUCCUCCCUCCAGCUUCCCCAGCACUUGCACCCCCCCUGUCCCUCCCUCCUACUUCACCCCCGGACAGGCUGUCCCUUCCCACCCCCCCGCACCCCUCGCCCCCUCCGUGCAGGCAGGGGGCACCCUUCAGGCGCCUGGUUCUGUAGCCCUGCAGUACGCUAGUGCGACCCCAUCCGUGCCGCUGCUUGCCAUGGCAACACCCAGCCAUUCGGCCCCGCCCCCAGUGCCGCCACCUCAGCAGGGUUAUCCCUGCAGUCUGCAGAAGGGUGUAAAAACAGAAGCUCCUCCCCUGCAGCCUGCUCCCGCCCCUCCCCACCUCCUAUUGCAACAGGCCCCACCCACAAACCUUAACCCCCCCUCGGUACCUGAGCCUGCACUCCCUGUCUCUGAGCACCCUGGACAGAAGAGUGCCGAGCAGAUGCCGCCCAGCUGCCCCUCUGACCCAGGCCAGCAGAGCGGGCCCCAGGGCCCCGCCCCGGCCCGUUUGGGUCAGCCCCCCGCCUCGUCCCCGCCUGCGAAGGGCACGGCGGACCCAGGGCCUGCCGCAGUGGGGCUGGACCAGAACCAGGAGCCGGGUCCCUCCCCGCAGCUCUCUGGCACCCAGACUGCCGCGGCAGGCCCUGCCGGUGCGAGCCAGCCCCUGAGUCAGCAGCCCCAGGCCCCCGCAGAGCCCGGCCCCGAGGAGCUUGUACUGGAAAAACAGGUGCCGAUUCAGAGCUACGGUUACGACAGCGUCAACUCGGACGCCACCUCCGGUAAAGAGAUGAGUGACGGCGGGGAGGGGAUGCCGGGCGGGGGCAAGGCUGAUGGGAAGGCCAGGAAACACCACCGCCGGUCCACGCGAACGCGUUCCCGCCAGGAGCGCACCACAAAGCCCAAACUGAGCAUGCUUAAUGUCUGCAACACUGGCGAUAAGAUGGUGGAGUGUCAGCUGGAGACUCAUAACCACAAGAUGGUCACAUUCAAGUUUGAUCUGGAUGGCGAUGCUCCUGAGGAAAUUGCGACGUACAUGGUGGAGAACGACUUCAUCCUGCCGAUGGAGAAGGAGAUCUUCAUCGAGCAGCUGAAGGACAUCGUGGACAAGGCGGAGGACAUGCUGAGCGAGGACACGGAGGGGGAGAGGAGCUCGGACCAGGGCGCCAGCCCCCAGCAGGGCCACACCGCCGGGCUCCCGGGGGGAGAGGGUGUGAAGACCCCUCAGGGCCAGGCCAACCAGCCCGUCUAUCAGCAGAACGUGCUCCAUACAGGCAAGCGGUGGUUUAUCAUUUGCCCUGUGGCAGAGUCUCCCAUUCCCUCCAAGGAGACGGCUUCAUCUACGGAGACCUCAACAGCACAGCCUUCUGCAGCAAAGGAGCCUGCAGCCAUUCCGCCUGCAUCGCUGCCACCAGAGGGCGCUGCAUCACUCCAGGAGACCGUGAGGGCCGGUGGAAGCUCCGCCCCGCCCCUGGUCCCCUCGGCCUGUACGCCAGCACCAUCUGUCCCCCCCCCCGCCCCCCUGCCCGGACAGAGGGGGGCCCAGACGCAGGAUGUGAACGGUAACGUGGGGGGCGUGAGGCCCUCCGUGGCUCAGGGAGCGGGCAGCGACGUCCCGCCCGCAGACCAGCCCCAGGGCGCGCCCCUGAGCUCCGCCCCUCCCGCACACGCCCCGCCGCGGGUAGCAGAGGUCACCUGCGCCACCGUCGCCGUCUCGGACAUCCCCUGCUGCCCCCUCGUGCCCCCCCUGUCCCUGGAUGUGACCCCGUCGCCGCUGCCCCCCGCCCUGGACGUGGGCCACACGGGGGAGCCCCGCCCGCCCAGUCAGGGGGACCACGCCCAUCCCGGGGUGGUGCUGCAGCAGCCCUUUGCCACGCCCAUACAGCCCUCGAUGGGCGGGGCCAAGCCCUCCUCUCAGCCGCAGAGCCCCGCCCAGGCGCCGCCCGGCCCUCCCCAGCAGGCGGGGCCCGGGGAGUCGGACGGGGAGCGCCCGCCCAGGGUGGAGUUCGUCGACAACACCAUCAAGACCCUCGACGAGAAACUGCGCAAUUUGCUGUACCAAGAGCAUGUGCCGUCGCCCCCUACUGGUAGUGCUGCGGACACGGCCAGCUCCGGCACAGAGUUUGGAAACUCCCCUCCCGUCUCUGACGGCCAGGCUGGGGAGAGACCCACCAAGAAAGGAGACCCGCUGCCUCAGAUUCCAGAGGGGGCAGACAGCCUGGGGACCCUAAGUGACUCUGCUGUGGCUGGUUCAACCAGGACGAAUAAGAAAGAGACGAUCACCAGCUCCAGUUCACACUCCGGUCCCAAAGGCCGUUUCCAGAUCGUUCCCACUGCCCCGGAUGUGGUGAGGAGGUUGGAGCGACCCCGGAAGAGCAGGAGCACGUGUGGGUCCCCCGCCCCGCCGGGCGUGGGGGGCAGGGGAGGAGGGCCCGAGGGCGCGCCCGCCACCACCAUCGGCAGGUUCUCCGUCGUCAGCGCCGAAGACGAGGUCGCGGCGAAGACCCGCAACAACCGCUACUCCGCCCCCCCGGACUUCUACGCGGACGCGCCCCCCCCCGGCAGCCCCGGGCCCAGGCAGGCCCUGCCGCGCGCCCACACCUCCGUGUCCGUGGACGUGACCGUGCACGGCCUCCAGCUGUCCUCCGACUCGGGCGAGGACAGCGGGCCGCCCAAAGCAGGCCAGGCGCCGCCCGCCGGCGGCCACGCCCACUCGGAGCACAGCGGCAGCGACCUGAUGAAGAAGGCGGUGGCCUUCCUGCGGCGCACGGGCCGCAGCAGCAGCGCGCAGAGCUCCGAUUCGCCCAGCCGCCAGGGGGGCAGCGGGAGCGCCCCCCCUGUGCACAUCACCUCCCUCCAGGCCUCCUACGUCAGCAGCGAUAACGACUCGGAGUUUGAGGACGCCGACAUAAGGAAGGAGCUGCAGAGGCUGAGAGAAAAGCACAUGAAGGAGAUCUCUGAGCUGCAGGCCCACCAGAGAGGGGAGAUCGAGCUGCUGUACAGCAAGCUGGGCAAACCCCUGCCCCCCGUCGUGGGCUUCCUGCACGCAGCGCCCCCCACUGGCCGGAGGCGCAGAGCCAGCAAGCACAAGCUGAAGGCCGGGAAGCUGCUCAACCCCGUGGUCCAGCAGCUGAAGAGCGUCAGCAGCAAGCCCAGCGAUGGAGAGAGUGCUGUGAGCUCGGCUGAUUCGCCGGUGAAAGGCUCAGACCUGAUAGGCGGGAGCCCUUCCUCCAAUGGCAGCACCCUGCCCACCUCCGCCUCGGAGCCGGUUCAGACCCAGCAGCCCUGCUCACUCAAGGGCUCCCUGUCCUCCGACAACAUCUACUCUGGGUUCCAUAGCGACGGAACAGGGCCACACGCACUGGGCCAAGGCUGGACGGUUUACCACCAAACAUCAGAGAGAGUGACCUAUAAAUCUAGUAGCAAACCUCGUACCAGAUUCCUCAGUGGGCCUGUCUCUCUGUCCAUCUGGUCCACCCUGAAACGACUAUGUCUAGGCAAAGAGCGCAGUAGUAGGUCCACUAACAGCAGCGGGCCAGCUGCGGCAGCGUCCAAUCACAAUCAGCAGCAACAUUCAGCAGCGGCAGUGUCCACGCCCUCUCCCCCUCAGCCAGUGGCUGGAUUUGCCCAGGUCCAGACCAACAACAGCAACAACAAGAAGGGCACCUUCACAGACGAUCUGCACAAGCUGGUGGACGACUGGGCCAAGGAGACGCUCGCGGCUGCACAUGCCCGGCCCUCCCUCAACCAGAUCAGGCUGCAGCGCCGCUGGCAGGACCUGGAGGUGGGGCCCGCACCCACAGGUGUCCAGGAGGUGAAGUAUAACCGCCCGUUGGGUGCAGUGACGUACCAGCUCCCCCUCUCGUGUCCGAUGACGGCAGCCCUGGCACCCGCCAUGCCCCCGCCCAUGAGCAGUCACCCUAUGGCGGGCCUGCAGCCUGGGUACAUGGCGCCUGCUGGCCAGUUUGGAGGAGUGCUGCCCGCGCCCGUGUACGCCUCACAGUGGCCCGGGAUGGCCGGGCCUGUGGGUCCUGUGGGCGUGCUGGGUGCUCCGGGCACAGUCGCGUUCCCCUCCAUGGUCAAUCCAGGCUUGCAGGUAUUCCCUGUGCCCAGGCAAAGCCCUGUCAGCCCUCCAAGUCCAAAUAUGAGGACUACCUAGCUUCACUCUGCCCUGGUCUAGUGUUUCCAACACAAGGACUGCAUAUAUUCAUUCUGUCCAAGUCCCACGUUCCUAACAUGCAGGCUACUGGGCUUCACCUACACGUUCAAAGCUUUAUUUGCUUGUAAAUAACUUGUGUGUGUAAAUAAGGUGUGUGUAUAUAACCCUUGUGUGUGUAUAUAACCUGUGUGUGCGUGUACAUAUGACCCAUGUGCUGCUGGGUUUGGUCGUGAACAAGCACACAGCCAUACUGUACAUUGUGUCUUGCAAUCACUGUGAAACAUUUUCACUAAGAGCCAGCUGUUGCUGUUUGUUUUAGGCCAUCGUUUGUCUUUAUCGAACUCCGAACACGUCAUUACCAAGAAACACUCAUUUGGAAAACACUAGCACUGGAAAUACUCAGACAUUUAGUAGAACUUGAAUUUGUAUUUAAGGUGAAUUACCCUGCAAGAGUGUAGUGCCUUGAACAGUGCUUUUCGGGCUCUCCUGAGAAGAAGCGUGUAAACAUUUGAAAGUUUUAUUCCAUAUUGGUUCAUGUUAUUCUAUUUUUAAUGCAUUCACAUUUUUUGUGGUUUUCAUUCAAAUGUCCUUCUAAGCACUGCACUAUAAAUACUCUAGAUGCUCUUAUUUAAAAAAUAAAAUCAUGUGUUUCAGCCAUUUUUAUCUUGCCACUCCUGUGGAAGAAAAUUCUCUGUUCAGAACGACAGAGUCGCUUUCUGUUUUGGGAAAUAUCCAGAACUUCUGCUUUCACUUGCUCUCGUCGUCAGGGACAUCGUGCUGGUCUGUACACUGGGGAAUAGUCUGACUGUAGAUGCGUGAGAGAAUGUAGCAGUUUGUCGUCUGUGCUGUGCAAGAUUUAAGUGCAAUUUCAAUGAUCGACGAAGCUUUGUAGUGGCCUUGCAACAAGCCUUAUUAAAAAAAAAAAAAAAAAAAAGAGCACCAGGAUCUUGUUUUGCUUUUGUGUUGAGUUGAACAUUUGAGGGGUCACAGGAAAGAAAUGCAUUUAAAGGUGUAUGUUCAUUCAGAGCAAAGUUCUGUUUAGGUGGAUCUUAUUGAUCACUUUUGUAUUCAUUUUUGUUGGGAUAACAGUGCAAUGAUCGGUUAUUUAAGAAUAUAAGUUGCUGAUAUUUUGUCUUUGUAGCUACACGUAAGCUUACUUUCAAUGCUGCUGGUCUGUCCUCUGAAUGCGUCCAGAGCGACAGGCUAAAACCAAGUCACACUUUGCCUGGCUGUUACUGACAACACAAAUACGCAUGACUAUACGCACAACAUGUCUGGAGGAAGAGUUCUCAAUGAUAUUUACUCACGGACAAAAUGACUUUGUGGACCUUUAUUAAAGAAUGGGUUUGGGUUUUUGUAAGAUUUUAUGUGAAACAGUGUUAUCACUUGGUUGAAACAGGUAUGAUAUGUGUGUGUGUGUGUGUGGCAAACUGCAGAGCUGUUGCCGGAAAUGCCACAACUUUCAUUCCUUCUCACUGAACUCAUGCUUUUGACAAAAUGGUCACCAGAUGAGUUCUGAAUAGAAUGCACUGACUUACCACAAUCAAAAUUCAUCCUGUAUCGCUUGGUUCACAUUCCUUGCACUCAGACACUGUUUGGCCAGUGUAACUGACUUUGCUAAGUCUCCAUGCCUCUUUGCAGUAGGGAGGCUCUUUGUUUUUGUCAUUGUUUUGCACACCUAUGUAAUUUGAUUGAUUAUAAAAAUAAAAACUAAAGUAUGGCACAAAGUUAACAAUCGAGGCAAUCGCCUGCGCCUGUGUUGACAUGGUUUCUUCUUACCAGAAACAAUCUGUUAUUGACUGACGUGGUCAAAAGUUUGAUAACCUCUCUGUCCAAAUACCGGGGGAGGUUUGUCUUUCAUUCCAGCAGUGACAUUUUCUACCAUGUGUGGAGAGGCAUGUCCUGUUCUGCCAAGCUGUGAAUUGUACAGAUCUUCUAUAUCUACUGAUGUUACAUUUUGUCUUCUGACCCUAGCCUCUACUGUGUAUUAUUCCAUCAAUUCGGUUUGAAUUAGUUUUUUUAUAUAAUUUUUUUUUUUUUGUUGCAGAAUCUUCUGCUGUGGCAAAGUACUUUUAGUAAUAAGAGAUUUCUGUUCUCUCAUAUCUUCUACUUUACAUUCAUGUUUGUAUGCUUUAUGAGCAAACAUAAGCGGUUUUCAGAAUCACUGAUGCGUGCUCUGUAGCUGUGUGGGAUUGCUUCUGCCUGUUAUAGAGUCUUUUGCUUUUUCUGGCCCGGUCAGCAGCACUCAGUCACAAAGAUUGUACAUGUUUAAAGAAAGAAAUAAACAUAUUUUGUGCUUGA